ACAACAAAAAGAAUGAGUGCUUCUUUGGUAAACACUCUGCAGGGUCCAUUAACCUUUAAGGAUGUGGCUGUGGACUUCUCACUGGAGGAAUGGGAAUGUCUCGAUUUUGCUCAGAGGGCAUUGUACAUGGAUGUGAUGUUGGAGAAUUACAACAAUCUAUUGUUUGUGGAAAAUCAUCGCAUAUGUGGCAUGUAUGGGAAGGUCUUGGAUCAAGACACACUGUAUAUUGUUCAUGAGCCUGUGAAUAUCCAAGAAAAGUCUUCUAAAUGCAAUGACCUUGGCGAUAUGAUUCAUGAAUCUACCCAAAGUACAUCUCAUAAAACUAACCCUAGAGAUGCAUCUCCUCAAUUUUCAAACCUAAAAAUACCUAAAACUGAGAACACUGAAGAAGUUUUCAAGUAUAAAGAAUGUGCAAAUGGUUUAAAUGUGUGUUCAGUCAUUAGUUUCAAUCAAGGAAUCCACAUAGGAAAGAAUGAACCCAAUAGAAAUACAGAAUUUGCUAAGGUUUUUCUCUCUAAACAAAACAAUAGUGGAGGGAAUUCUUACAAAUGUAGUGAACUUGACAAAUGCUUUACCCAGAGAGACAAUCUUCAAAGUCAGCAGAGCAUUUAUUCAGGAAAGAAACCUCAAAAAUGUAGUAACUGUGACAAAUGCUUUACUCAAAAAAGCCAUCUAAGACAGCAUCAGAGAAUUCAUACAGGAGAGAAACCUUAUAAGUGUAGUAAGUGUGACAAAUGGUUUGCCCGAAAAUCCAGUCUUAGUAUUCAUCAGCGAAUUCAUAAUGGAGAGAAACCUUAUAAAUAUAGUGAGUGUGACAAAUGCUUUACGCAUAAAUGCAGUCUGAGAAUUCAUCAGAGACUUCAUACAGGAGAAAAACCUUACAAAUGUAGUGAAUGUGACAAACGCUUUACUCAAAAAAGCCAUCUAAGACAGCAUCAGAUUGUUCAUAAAGGAAAGAAACCUUACAAAUGCUGUGAAUGUGACAAAUCCUUUACCCUAAAAUCCAGUCUUAGUAUUCAUCAGCGAAUUCAUACUGGAGAGAAACCUUAUAAGUGUAGUGAAUGUGACAAAUGCUUUACUGAAAAAGGCAGUCUGAAAAUUCAUCAGAGAAUUCAUACAGGAGAGAAACCUUACAAAUGUAGUGACUGUGACAAAUGCUUUACUCAAAAAGGCAAACUGAAAAUUCAUCAGAGAAUUCAUACAGGAGAGAAACCUUACAAAUGCUGUGAAUGUGACAAAUGCUUUGCCCAAAAGUCCAAUCUUAAUAGUCAUCAGCGAAUUCAUACUGGAGAGAAACCUUAUAAGUGUAGUGAAUGUGACAAAUGCUUUACUGAAAAAGGCAGUCUGAAAAUUCAUCAGAGAAUUCAUACAGGAGAGAAACCUUACAAAUGUAGUGAGUGUGACAAAUGCUUUACUCAAAAAAGCCAUCUAAGACAGCAUCAGAUUCGAAUUCAUACUGGAGAGAAACCUUAUAAGUGUAGUGAAUGUGACAAAUGCUUUACUGAAAAAGGCAGUCUGAAAAUUCAUCAGAGAAUUCAUACAGCAGAGAAACCUUACAAAUGUAGUGACUGUGACAAAUGCUUUACUCAAAAAAGCCAUCUAAGACAUAUUCAUCAGCGAAUUCAUACUGGAGAGAAACCUUAUAAGUGUAGUGAAUGUGACAAAUGCUUUACUCAUAAAGGCAGUCUGAAAAUUCAUCAGAGAAUUCAUACAGGAGAGAAACCUUACAAAUGUAGUGACUGUGACAAAUGCUUUACUCAAAAAGGCAAACUGAAAAUUCAUCAGAGAAUUCAUACAGGAGAGAAACCUUACAAAUGCUGUGAAUGUGACAAAUGCUUUGCCCAAAAGUCCAAUCUUAAUAGUCAUCAGAAUUCAUACAGGAGAGAAACAUUAAAAAUGUAG